CAGUACAACAAAACACGAAACCCCACCUGUGUGACUUGUCUAGUUUACACAUCAUUAUUAAUAUAACUAAAGUCUCUCACACCUACCAUCUCAUGCACUUUACCAAACAAUUGAGACCUCCCAAGUAACCAGAGUCAUCUCAUAAUCCGGAAAGACUCCGGGAAAGAGGGAGAGAUAGACAUGGCCGGAGCUUACGAUGCGAACUUACCGGCGGUUCCUGAAUGGCUCAACAAAGGAGACAACGCAUGGCAGCUCACGUCAGCGACUCUGGUCGGUCUACAAAGCAUGCCAGGUCUCGUCAUCCUCUACGCCUCUAUAGUCAAGAAGAAAUGGGCAGUGAACUCAGCUUUUAUGGCUCUUUACGCCUUCGCAGCCGUUCUCCUCUGUUGGGUCCUCCUCUGUUACAAAAUGGCUUUUGGAGAUGAGCUUCUGCCUUUCUGGGGUAGAGGUGGUCCCGCCUUCAACCAAGGAUACCUCAAAGGACAAGCCAAGAUUCCAGAAACUGUUAGGAUGUUUGGGAACGGGACUAAGGAGAGAGAAGCGACGAUGCCUUAUUUUCCGAUGGCGACUUUGGUUUAUUUUCAGUUCACUUUCGCGGCAAUAACAACGAUACUUGUGGCCGGUUCGGUGCUGGGGAGGAUGAAUAUUAAAGCGUGGAUGGCUUUUGUGCCAUUGUGGUUGAUAUUUAGCUAUACUGUCGGAGCUUAUAGUCUAUGGGGCGGAGGGUUUCUUUACCACUGGGGAGUCAUUGAUUACUCUGGCGGUUAUGUUAUUCAUCUCUCCUCCGGCGUUGCCGGUUUCGUAGCCGCUUACUGGGUUGGACCCAGGCCUCAGGCUGACAGAGAAAGAUUCCCACCGAACAAUGUUCUUUUAAUGCUAGCCGGAGCUGGACUUCUAUGGAUGGGAUGGUCCGGUUUUAACGGUGGAGCUCCUUACGCCGCCAACUUAACGUCCUCAAUCGCGGUGCUCAACACCAACCUCUCUGCCGCCACAAGCCUCCUCGUAUGGACCACACUCGAUGUUAUCUUCUUUGGCAAACCUUCAGUCAUCGGAGCCAUACAAGGCAUGGUUACUGGUCUAGCCGGUGUCACUCCCGGAGCAGGGUUGAUCCAAACAUGGGCGGCCAUAAUAAUUGGAAUAUUCUCAGGAUCAAUUCCAUGGGCCUCUAUGAUGAUCCUUCACAAGAAAUCUACUCUCCUCCAACAGGUAAAAUAUCUUCACCUCUAUUUUUAACUCUUUUUUUCUAUAUACGAUUGAGUUUUGUGUUAGUAUAAACUAGAUAAUAGUUCAUAUCAUAUAUAAUACUAUGAAUUUAGUAUGUUUUAUAAAUAAUUAUUUAUUUUUGUUGGUCAAAUAAACAGGUAGAUGAUACAUUAGCGGUAUUCUACACCCACGCAGUAGCGGGAAUACUAGGUGGAGUAAUGACAGGCUUGUUCGCACAUCCUGAUCUCUGCGUCUUGAUACUUCCUGUCCCAAACACCAACGGCGCUUUCUACGGCGGCAAUGGCGGCAAACAGCUCCUGAAACAGUUGGCUGGAGCUGCCUUCAUUGCUACAUGGAACCUAGUGUCGACGACUCUUAUACUCCUUGCUAUAAGGAUGUUCAUACCGUUGAGAAUGGCAGAGGAAGAGCUUGGGAUUGGAGACGACGCUGCUCAUGGAGAAGAAGCUUAUGCUCUUUGGGGAGAUGGAGAGAAGUUUGAUGCAACGAGGCAUGCAACGCAGAUGCAACAGUUUGAAAGAGAUCAAGAAGCUGCUCAUCCUUCUUAUGUACAUGGUGCUAGAGGUGUCACUAUUGUUUUAUAAAAAAUCACUUUUAUGUGCUUUUUUUUUUGUGUGUCUCUCUUCUUUUUCAUUGGUGAUGUAGAGUUAUGUGUUCUGCCUAGGUAACCACUUCAGUUUUCAUUCUUUCUGAUGUAAUUGCAGUUAACAACCAUUUGUGAUUUUGUAGAAAUAGUCAUUUAGCUUUUGAUUUUAUUGUAAUGAAUAAUUUUUGUGUGUGUGUCAAGUUCUCAUUCUGUAGUAAGAAUAAAGCGGCGGUUCUCAUUCUGUAGUAUCUUU